AUGGGCACAGUUAUUGCCAUAGUUGAUUAUGCUAUUGUUGAGUUAAGAAUAAUAGUAUAUGAUGUGAAUAAAUGGAUAAAAGUAAUUUCAAUUUAUGAUUGAUAUUAGAUUGAAUGCAAGUCAUAAUUAUAUUAUCAAAGUGGUGUGACAAAGAAAUUCUAUAGAAUACAAUUAUUGAUUAGAUUAAAACUGAUGUUCUGUUAAGUUUUAGUUUUCAUCUCUAUUUAACUGAUUUUAUUUGUUGCUAGUUCUUUUUUAAAAGCAUCUAUUAAGAAAUUCAAAACUAAAUAAGAGGUCUUUAAAUAAUUAAUCAAAAUUAAUAAACCUUAAAAUAAUAACAAUUCCUUCAUUUUUAUUACCAAAUUAGCUGGAAAGACUAAUAGAGCCAAUCUUUAUUAUUGGAAUAAAUUUUCUCUAUCCAGCUCAAGUCUUGAUACUGAACCAAGUUAUUAAAAUAUUUUAGAAAUUCCAGUAAACUUUAGACAAGACAUUAAAAUAUGUUAUCAUAAUCAAUAAUUUAUAGUGUCAUAAAGAAUAAAUAAAGAAAUUGAUAUAGUUUAAGGUAUUUCAGGAUUCAUAGAGCAUAUACAAUAUUAAUGCAUCUAAAGAUAAUAUGAAAGAAUUGAAGGAAUUGAAAAAGUGAUGUAAUUGGGUACAAACGUUUCGAUGCAUAAAAGAAUCUAAGUUAGAUAAAAUUUGGCAGAUUUUAUAGGCUAAUGA